UAUGUUACAAUGGUAAGCGUAUCGGAUAUUUUAAGAAGCCCCACUGUCGUCACAUUGGAAACAAAUCAAUACCUAGUCGAGAAAGUACCAUUUCCAGCGGUGUCUAUUUGCAGUGUCAACAAGUUGAGUCGAAGUGCAGUGAAUGCAUUUAUAGAGGAAAUACGUGAUCAGUUCGAUCCGCAGAUAACCCCAGAACUUUGGCUACAAAAAAUUAAAUUAUUAGCUGGCAUCUUCGACAGCGGCUCUGUAGAUUUUAAGGAAGCUGCUGAAUUUCAAAAGAACUUUCUGGAUAAACAAAAAUAUAAUAUAACAGAACUUUUAAAAAAGUUAGCUCCCAAUUGCGAUGACCUUAUUUUGAAGUGUCGUUGGGCAGGAAAAAUGCAGGAAUGCAGUGAACUUUUUGUUAAAAGUUUUACAGCGAAUGGAUAUUGCUGCACAUUCAAUUAUUUUCGUCCUGAUUCUGGCAAUGAAAC